CACCAUGGAAUCAAUCAAAGGAAAAGAAUUGUAUAAUUGUUCACUAGCCCCGACAAUUACAAACCCAUUUGCUGUGCAAUGGUCUCAAGAUAAUCAUUUAUCGAUUAUUACUGAAAAAGGAAUUCACGUUUUUGAACUGGUGCCAUCUCCAAUGACUUAUGGCUCAGCCGUCAAAUUUUCUCGUACUUUCAUCUACCCGUCAGACGUAUUACCCACUGACGCUUUUACGACGCAAGUAAACUCUGUAAUAUGGAGGUGCAAAAGGGAAGAGAUCUACACUUUUCUACUAGAGGAAAUUCUUCUUCCCCGGCUCAACAUUAUAUCUGACUUGGUUCCAAAAGUUGUCUCCGUCGCCUGGUCUCCUCAAGGAAUGCUACAUCCUUGCAGAUGUUUGCUUGGAAUGAUAUCAUCUGCAGGUGCAGUGGAUAUCCUUCUCGAAGACAACCACGAAUGGUUUUCAGUCUGCGACUUACAAUCUUACUGGCUAAGAAACGUUAUUCAAGGAUUCCCUGAAAGUUAUUCAAUGGUGUCGAGCCAGGAAUUAAGGUCCCAUAUCAGACGUUUGCAAGCAGUUGCGAUAACCUGGAGUGAUAUGGAAACUAGCAUGGAGGAAUCUUACUCGUAUUUCGUUGUCGCUUAUCGAAGUUCAGACAUAAUCGUCUGGAGAAUUCCAGCUGUGAUGGAUCAUAGUCUAGAAGUAAUUCCAACCGUUGCUUUGAGGACAAAUUUAAAUAUCAGUGUGAAGAUCGAUGUUCUUGAAUGGAUAAGUAUUAGCAACAAAAAAAGUUUGGUCGUGAUAGGAUUUUCCAAUGGAAAAAUUUAUGGCUUGAUUUUGGAAGUAUCGCAGGGACAAAUCUCAUCGACAAAUAUUGAGAUUUACACUGAAGAGGAUUUGAUUAAAGUUUCAUGUAUUGAAUGUAUUUUGAAAUCUCAAAAGGAAGUGCGAUUGGUUGUCGCGAAAAGCACGUUUCUUUUUGUGAUUCAUAUUGAUUUGGAUGGGAAGAAACUGAGCCAUUAUUGCUAUCGAGUUCCUGCUUUUUCUAUAACAGGUCUCUCCAUCAUCAGCGAAAAUGAAACCUUAAUCUACACCCAAGAUGGAAAGCUCUCUCUCGUCAAAGUUGAAAAUCAGAAAAUGACGAGUCAAGCAAUAACUACCGAUUUACCAAAAACUCACGCUCAAUUCCUGGGACUCGCAAAUUCCUGGAAUAAAGUUCUAUUCGCGACUCUAACAAGUCCGAAUUCGAUGUACGAUCAUCUUGUCGUUCGAGAACCAAGCAUCCUCCACAUUUUCACUCUCGAAAGUCCGAAAUACGAUCCCCUGAAAAUUCUAGAGAACAACGAAACCUCAUCGAUGUUCAAUUACUGGGACUGUUUAUCAGCGAUUGGAAUGAAACUUCACAAGUCACUCAUUCCUGUCAAUUCAAUAAAAAAAAUCCCAUACAAUUUCGAGUAUCUGCCUGUCUAUAAACUUAGAGUUCUAAUGUGGCUUUCGGUUCUAUCCAACGUUUUUGAAAAUAAGAAAUCCCUACUAGAUUUCUCGAACGUCUCGGAAGAAUUGAUAGAAAUUCGAUCUUUGAUAUCGCUUUAUACAGCCUCCGCUUAUUUAAUUUCAAUAGCGGGCAAACCUCAGGUUACAGCUCAGCAGAGGCUCUCUGCCAGAUUUUUAAGGACUUAUUUAGAAGUUUAUAUUGCUGGAGAAAUCGACGAAGAGGAAACUCCGGCUUGUGGAAAGUCUCAAAGAGCUCUGCAAUUCUCUUGUAAAAUCGAGCCAUCUGGACCAGAAACUUGUAAUUUAUGUAAAACAACAAUCGUCGAACUUCCUUGGAAAAUGGAAAAGUGCCCUUCUGGUCAUAAAUUGCCAAGAUGUGCUGUAACUCUUUUGCAAAUUACAUCUGUUAGGUAUCGAUGUUGUCCGAUUUGUAAACAGAUUUUCCAUUCUUCUUUGGAUGAGGAUUAUCCCGAGGGACCAAAAUGUUUAUUCUGCGAUGUGCCAGUUCUAUACGAUUCUAGAGUUUUUGGAACGGCGGAUAGAGAUAAAAAAAACUUUUCUCAAAGAAAAGUUUUAAAUUUCCGAGGUUCUGAACAGGAAGAGGGAAUGGAAGAUGACCAGGAAUGGAAAGAAAAGUAAAUCUUCUCGAAACGAGAAAGCUUGGUAGAUAUUUAUAUUUCUGGAGAAGAUGGUAAUUUAAUUUAUUGUAAAAAUAUAUUCAGGGUCUUGAGCUAUGCAAAUGUAAAGAGAAACGUUAGGAUGUAAGUUAAAAGACAGUAUUAGUAUAUUUAAGUAUAUUUAAGUUAAUUAUAGAAUAGCAUUUCCUAAUUAAAAAUGAUUUACUAUUUUUCUAUGACACCGAAACUAGACAUUUGAAAUAGUGAAAAAUUUCUCGAAUAAAAGAGAUUUAAAAAAAGUGUAUUUUAAAA